GUGUGUGUGUGUACACGCUCCGCUCUGCUCUGCUGCAGUGGAGCCUUAGACGCCGAGCCGAUAACUACUCCUCCACGGAGGGCGCCGCAUCCUCCCGCGUUUUCCUUUUUUUUUUUUUUUUGCUUUCCGUUUCUUUCGCUCUUGCCCUCGGGGGAAAAAAAAAAAAAAAAGAAUAAAAGGGGGAGGUCCUGGAUGACAGAGGGAAGAUUACAGAAAGAGAAAAGGAGCUUUAAAUGAAAAUAGGGAGAGAGAAAGAGAGAGAAUCCAUCCACACCCAUGUCUAGCAUCGAAACGGAGAAACGCGAACGGACCCACAUGUUACCCCUGCUGAACUCCGCUGACAGACCAGCCAUAUUCAUGGUCCCCCAUCCAGUACUUCGAUGAAGACAGCUACCCCUCCCCUCCCAGGAAUAUGAAAGGUCUAUCAGGCGGUCGUCCCCAGCUAAACAUCACACCUGGACACUCCUGUGGCCUGACAGACUGCGACCACUCCCUUGACCACCUGCAGCAUGGUGCUCCAGACCCCCGCUCAUCUUACCUGCUUAGCCCCACGGAGAGUUGCCCCAUGGACCACCACCGCUGCUCGCCGCGGAGCUCCAUCCAUUCGGAGUGCAUGGUGAUGCCUGUCUCCAUGGCCUCUGACCACGUUUCCAGCAGCACAUUUCCCAGGAUGCAUUACAGUUCACACCAUGAGAGUUCGCGCGAGGAUGGCAAUACCGGGCACAGCGGCGGCGGUGGUGGAAGUGGUGUUGUUGGAGGGGGUGGAGUAGGAGGAGGAGGUGGUGCAGGUAGUGUUUCCGGUUCUGGGAAAAUGAACCGAAUACCCGCCAACCUCCUGGACCAAUUUGAAAAGCAGCUUCCCAUCCACCGAGACGGAUUCCACACGCUGCAAUACCAGCGCACAUCCACGGCUACCACCAGCAGCGAGCAGAGGAACGAGAGCCCAGGUCGGAUCCGCCACCUGGUGCACUCUGUGCAGAAGCUCUUCACCAAGUCCCACUCGCUGGAAGGCUCCUCCAAGAUGAACGGCACCAAAGGAGACUCGCGCUCGGAAAGUGGCCACCACCAUCACGGACACCACCACGGCCACCACAAACACAGCAAGAGGAGCAAGAGCAAAGAGCGCAAAGCCGACUCCAAGCACCGCUCAGGGAUCGCAGGGUGGUGGAGCUCUGACGAUAACCUAGACAGCGACAGCACCUACCGGACUCCCAGUGUCAUGAGUCGGCACCAUGUGGACCACAUAAGUCACUGCUACCCGGAAUCAGUCCCAGGCCACUUUGGAGAUCUUUCCCUCAAGACCUCCAAGAGCAACAAUGACGUGAAGUGCUCGGCGUGCGAGGGCAUGGCCCUGGCUCCUGAGGGCAAGUUCAUGAAGCGGAGCUCUUGGUCCACUUUGACUGUUAGCCAGGCCAAAGAAGCCUAUCGCAAGUCCUCGCUCAACCUCGAGAAACCUAUGAUGCCUCAAGACCUCAAGUCCCCCAUGAGGCCUUGUCAUUAUCUCCAGGUUCCUCAGGAUGAGUGGGGCGGAUACCCCGGGGUGAAGGAUGAUGAGAUCCCGUGCCGGCGGAUGAGGAGCAGCAGCUACGUGAAGGCGAUGGGAGACGAAGAGAGCGGCGAUUCGGACGGCAGCCCCAAGAACUCGCCGCAGAAGAGCGCUCGGCCCGGCGGCUUCAUCAAGAGCGUGCUGCAGAGGCAGCUAUCAGACCAGAGUUCAUACCGUUUGGAUAAAUCGAGCAGUGACAUGGUGAAGUACCUCACCAAUUUCGCUGCAGAUUUAAGUCAGAGCUACCAUCUGCAGGCGUCAAGGGACAUCCACCCCAGCAUCACGCUGGACCCAUCACCCAAUUACAACUCACCCAAAUUUCGCUCAAGGAACCAGAGCUACAUGAGGGCAGUUAGCACGCUGAGCCAAGCCAGCUGUGUCAGCCAAGUGAGCGAGGCUGAGAUGAACGGCCAGUUCGAGUCGGUGUGCGAGUCGGUGUUCAGCGAGGUGGAAUCGCAGGCCAUGGAGGCGCUGGAUUUGCCCGGCUGCUUCCGCACACGCAGCCACAGCUACCUGCGUGCCAUCCAGGCCGGCUACUCGCAGGAUGACGAGUGUGUGCCUUCCAUGAGCUCGUCCACCGUCACCUCCACCAUCAGGUCCACGGCUGGAAUCCAGUUCCGCCUUCCAUCGUCGGGCAGUGUGGACAGACCCUGUCAGCAACCGCCAGCGGUCACCUACACCCCCAGUACUCCCACCUAUAAGCAGACCCCGCCUCCAGUGCCCCCCCGCAGUGCCUCCAAACCCCUCAUCUCCAUCACAGCACAAAGCAGCACCGAGUCCACGCAGGACGCCUACCACGAGGGACGCCUGGCCAGAGGAGGUCUGUGGGGUUCAGAGGGACUCGGGCUCGGUUUGGGUCGCACCCUCUACAAUUCCACCGACAGCCUGGACAGCACCAAGGCCGUCACCAUCGCCAUGGAAGCGGCAGCCAUGGCCAUGGCGGGAAAAAGACACCCGUCCACGGACUCCCACAGCUCGGUGCUGACCUGCGAUAAAGCCAUACUCGUGUCCAAAGCCGAGGAAUAUCUAAAAACGCCCCGGUCAUCUAUAGGCAUACAGGUGGAGGCGGCUACGGAUUCGGAGUCGGAGAGCAGAGGAUUACGGGAAUAUCAUUCUGUAGGGAUCCAGGUGGAAGAUGACAAACGCGUGGGCCGGUUUAAGCGCUCUAACAGCGUGACGGCGGCUGUGCAGGCUGACCUGGAGCUGGAGGGUUUCCCCGCGAUGGAGGAUAAAGGUCUGCAGUUUGGGGGCGGCGGUCUGCAGAGGCACAGUGAGCCGAGCACGCCCACGCAGUACGGCGCAGUGAGAACCGUGCGCACGCAGGGCCUGUUCAGUUACCGUGACGACUACCGCUCGGCCAACGAGCCGUCCAGCCCACAGCGCAGCGCAGAGCCCUGGCGCGAGCCCUCUGCGCCCGCCGUGCCCACCGUGGCUGUGACGGUGACCCCGCCCCAGGCCUCCGACUCGGGCCGGGCGUCACCCUCGGCCAGGAGGGACGGCACCUGGUUCAUGCAGCUGCUGCACGCUGAGACCAAGAGGAUGGAGGGAUGGUGUAAAGAGAUGGAGGGAGAGGCAGAGGAGAACGACCUGUCUGAGGAGAUUUUAGGUAAGAUCCGGAGUGCAGUUGGCAGCGCUCAGCUCCUCAUGUCCCAGAAAUUCCAGCAGUUUUAUUGGCUGUGCCAGCAAAAUCUGGAUCCAAGUGCCAUGCCGCGGCCCACCUCUCAGGACCUGGCUGGAUUCUGGGACCUGCUGCAGCUCUCCAUUGACGACGUCACCUCCAAGUUCGACGAGCUGCAGAAGAUCAAGAGCAACGAUUGGAGGAUUAUAGAAAGUCCUGUAAAGAAGCUCCCACCCCCUGUACCAAAGAAGAUGCUGAAGAAGAGCGUGACGCGGGAGAAGUCUCUGGAUCUUCCUGACCGGCAGAGACAAGAAGCGCGAAGGCGCCUGAUGGCCGCCAAGAGAGCGGCGUCGUUCCGGCAGAACUCGGCGACAGAGCGAGCCGACAGCAUCGAGAUUUACAUCCCCGAGGCCCAGACGAGACUCUGAGAGACUCUCCACAGCUUCAUCGCAGCUCCAUCUUCAUCAUCAUCAUCAUCAUCAUCAUCCUCACCUCACCAUCACCGUCAACCAGCCAAACCACUAUCGAUCGAUACCGAAUAUCCCAUCUCUCGAAAAACAAUAUCUAAACAUAACAUAAUCAAACAUGAUUACUGAAGAAAAUAGGGUUGUUGUUUUGUUUUUGUUUUUUUUUUUACGAAUAUUAAGAACGGUGUCUGAGGCUGUCGUGUUCGAUACGUGGAGAGAAACUUACGUUUCGCAAAAGCAAACUUUAGGCAUUUACGUGCUAUCAGCCUUACGACGUAUCACUAAACUAGUGCUAUUCAGUAAGUUACAUAAGUAUCGUUAAACAAACUGACAAAAAAAAAAAAACAUUUGGCUAUACUGUUCACGAGAGGUGUGUGAGAAGUGGCUAAAAGUCUUGGUGCUUUUUGGAUUUUUCACAUUAUCGAAGUGCUAUUACUGACACUGCGCUCUGAAACCAGCACGAGCUCACCGCUUUUUUUCUUGUUGUUGUUGUUGUUGAUGUUUUUGUUGAUAUGGAGUCAGGGGGUGACAUUUAUUUAUUGAUUUAUUUCGCUUCUCUAUCGCUGUCUCUCAGUUCAGAUGAACAUCGUUCUAACCCUCGUAACGGUUAUAAAAGUGCCGACGUGUCAAAUACCUCAAACAUGCGCGAUAGGUCAAAAGGUCAAAAGUCUCAAAUCGAAUUUUAAAGUCACUCAGGUAGACACAAGUCUAUCGUCGAGCGCCUGAUUUAGCGCAGAAAUAUCUCAUCUAUGUGACGUUUCAUAUUCCACCCCAUCAGACUGGGUGGUUUUGGUUGUUUUUGGUUUGUUUGUUUGUUUGUUUGUUUGUUUGUUUUCUGGGAUGGAUUUGCUUAGAGCUUCUGAAUCGCCGAUGUAUGGUUUGAGAACAAAAAGCAUUUUUGCACUUUCUUCUUCUAAAUAUACUCGUGUAUGUAUUUCCAAGGGAAAUGUAUUUAUUGCCGUUCGCAGACGUAUUGUUGCAGUUGAAUUGCAAGGUUGUGUACGUACCGGGAGCGAUUUCUAGGCUUUGUUUGUUUGUUUGUUUGUUUGUUUGUUUGUUUGUUUUGGGGUUUUUUUCCACCGUCAUCACCAACAAACAACCUUUCCUCCCUCAAAUGAUGAGUCUCGGGUUCUUUUAUAUUUUUCUGUCGGUAAAAAAGAAAGAAAGAAAGAAAGAAAUCGUACGCUAACAGUUCUGUGGUCGCGGCUUCAGAAUCCAGGCAGAAGCAAAGAAAAAUGUCGUGUUGAACAUUUCAAAGAGAAACGCGUUCACGGGUCAUUUCCUGGCGUCUGAAUCGAAAAGGUAAAUGAGCCGAGACGGGAAAAUGAAGCCUGCGACAGGGCUGUAAAUCAUUAGGGUCGGUGCGUUAUUAAGGAUACGUCUGUGACGCUUACUUUCCGAUGGGUGUGGCUUUGGAACCAGAUUAAAAAAUGAUUAUAGACAUGACAAGAAUAGGAUUACGGAGAUUGAGGAUUUUGCACUGAACGUGGAUUUAUAAUCGACUCUGUGAUGUACAUAAUAUUGUUUUCUUCGCGCUCCUCCGGUUUGGGGGUUCGAAUCCCGCCUCCGCGUUGUGUUCGUGGAGUUUGCAUGUGGUUCCGGGGUUUCAUCCGGGUACUCCGGUUUCCUCCCUCAGUCCAAAGACAUGUGUUGUAGGCUGAUCGACGUUUCUAAAUUGUCCUCAGUGUGUGAAUGCGAUGGGUCGGCACCCCGUCCAGGGUGUCCCCCGCCUCGUGCCCUCGUUCCCUGGGACAGGCUCCAGGCUCCCCGUGACCCCGUGUAGGAUAAGCGCUAUGGAAAACGGAUGGUUGGUUCCAAUGCUACGUCUGAAGCUAGCUAAAAACACGAGUCGUACUGUAUUUUCUGGCCUUGGCAGCUCCAUCCGCGACAAGCACAGCUUUCAGAAAACCAGAGAUAAAGACGUCUUUAUCGGUUUCUCCUGCCUGGAUUUUGAAGCAGCCAUCAUGAAACAAUGAGUCAUGUUUUAUUUUUUUUUUUAUUUUUAUUUAUGCUACUGACGUGGGAAUAAAACGACUGUUGAACGAGAGUUUGUGCCGCCAAAUGAUGCUCGUGGAGUUUAAACGCACCUUCCAUCAGAAAGUCAAAUAUUCAGCUCGUUCGUGCUACGGUCACACGAAGCUUUUCGGGUUUUCCUCCACUUCUCCACAUGGCUAGUCAUUAGACGUGUUAUUACCUUCGCAAGAUUGACAAUUUGCUCAAAUAGCUUCAUUUCUCCGUUAUUCUGACCUGGAGUGGAACGGAUAUGAUCCGUGUUUUGCGUCUCCGUGGCGCCCGGUGUGACACAUCGAACAAGCCUGUAUCAAAGCGGCGAUUUUUUUAAGUAAUCCGUGACCUUUCAGAGGGCGAUUCUGUUAUCCCCGGCUUCCCUCCACGGCUGAUGGUGAUGAGACGUGAUGUGUCGUUCGGAUACGGCCGAAAACAGAGCCAGUGGGGGAAAUUUUUCGUUUUUGUUGUUGUUGUUGUUGUUGUUGUUGUUUUGGGUGGAACAGAAAUAAAGCGUGUUUGGUGUUCGGUUCUUCUGGCGUCCGUUGUCGUGCGCGUCCAAGUGACCGGGCGCUAUGAUUAAUCCCGCUAUGAAGCUUAUUGUGCGAUCAACGAUUUCACAAAAUCCACCCAAUUACGGUGCUGCAAACGUCAGAACUUCGGUCCAAAUCAAGAAGUUCAGCUCAGCCUCCUUUUUUUUUUUGUUUAUAUGACCUUAUGACCUUAUGUUGUUUUGCCUACAUGUCAGUUUGAGAUCUGUAUUUACGAAGAAAAGAAAAAAGGUCACACCUGAGAGAUCGUCUCGCGUGCUGUUUUACUCAGAAGGAGAGAGGACGUCUUAACACGGCAGGCUUGUGUGUAACACACACCUUUCUUAGAUGACAUUUGGCCUGCCUUGUCUUUCCGCACAUACGCACAGCAAGGCCUGUCACAAGAUUACGAUAAUAUAUGCAGAAACGCUGCUCGCCUGAAAGCCUCGCUCCUGGCAGGCACUAGCACACGACAGAUUUCCGGUUCCUUUAUUUUUGACCUUUACUAGUAAUUUUAGAUCAGAUCUGUCACCUCAGACAGUGCAGUGCAUGUCAUUCUGCCCAGAUUUCUACCAAGGCAUCACUAAAGAUGUGAAAGAUUUAUACAACUAGACUAAUCAAA